UUUGCAUUAGAUUAGAUAAUCACAAAAGCACUUGAGUCUUGAAGAGGAGAAUUUGAUUAAAGUGAACCAAAACUCUCGCUCGGCAGACACCUAGAGCUGUCAUUAGACAUAAAUACCAAAGAAAACAAGACCUAAAGAAGUAACCCUGGAACAGUCUACGCAAGUCUACGAUAGGACAAAAAGCUUGAAUCGAGAAUAACGGCACAUCUUCAUACUAAGAAAACCCCACCUUAUGUCAUUAAUUUAGACCCAGCUGUUCAUGAAGUACCAUACCCUGCCAACAUAGAUAUAAGAGACACAGUGAAUUACAAGGAAGUAAUGAAACAAUAUAAACUUGGACCUAAUGGAGGAAUAGUGACUUCGCUGAAUCUGUUUGCCACACAGUUUCAUGAGGUGAUGAAAUUUGUGGAAAAAAGAGGGAAAGAAUGCAGGUAUGUCUUGUUGGACACCCCAGGUCAGUUAGAGGUCUUCACUUGGUCAGCUUCUGGUAGUAUAGUCACAGAGACACUGGCAUCUACUUUUCCAACAGUUGUUGUGUAUGUGAUGGACACAGCCCGGAGUGUGAAUCCAGUCACCUUUAUGUCCAACAUGCUGUAUGCCUGUAGUAUUCUUUACAAAACCAAGUUACCAUUUGUGAUAGCAAUGAACAAGACUGAUAUUGUGGAUCAUAGAUUUGCUGUAGAGUGGAUGACAGAUUUUGAAGCAUUUCAAGAUGCUUUGAACCAGGAGACAUCUUAUGUGUCUAACCUAACAAGAUCUAUGAGUUUAGUACUUGAUGAAUUUUACAGCAAUCUCAGGACUGUAGGUGUUUCUGCUGUUACUGGUGCAGGAAUUCAAGAGUUCUUUGCAGCAAUUGAAGAAGCAGCAGCUGAGUAUGAAAGUGAAUACAAGCCAGCAUAUGAAAGAUUAAGGAAGGAAAAAGAAGAAGAGACACUUGUAGAACAGGAAAAGCAACUAUCACGGUUACAGAAAGACCUUGGAGCUGGAGAAGAUGUUGCUAUGGUUUCUUCACUUCACUCGGAGGUAAAAAGUCGUCCACUUGGUCACGAGAUGCUCCUGACCCCUGGUGGUGACAGUGACAGUGAUGUCGAGGGCAUGGCAGAGGAGGAAGAAGAUGAAGAGGAAAGAAAGGAGUACGAGUCUUUCAAGAGAUUUUUAGCAUCUCAGGAUCAAAUAAAGACAUCUGUUACUACAGACGCCAAAGACCCAAAGACAUGACAUGCACCUUAUAUUUCUU